UCAUUGUCCAAUGCAGACUAAGCCCCUGCUCUAAUCUGGGUUAUCUGGCUGUAAUCAGCUUAGCCCACUACUGCUGCUGCUGGGUGGUACUUUCUAUCGCUUUAGUCUGCACUGCCAUUCAAACACACCUGCUGAAGGGCCUCAGGAGUAAUACAAACUAGCAGGAAAGUUCAAUUUGCAUGUAGAAGAGGUUGGAAGAGCGCAACAUUCAGAGUCUUCUUUUCGAGGAGUCCUGGCCAUGGCUGAGAGUCAAGAGACGGGUUCCUCUGAGGGGACACGUGCUGCAGACACGUACCCCAGAAAAAUACUGGAGUAUAUGGAAGGAUUCCUCAUCUCCAAGACCAUUUUCUCCUCAUGCGAGCUGGGUGUGUUUGAUGUGCUGCUGGCUUCAGAGCGUCCCCUGUCUGCAGAGGAGAUCAGUCAGGCGAUUGGAGCCAGUCUGGAUGGCACACAGAGACUGCUGGCUGCCUGCACCGGCCUGCAGCUACUCAACACACACCAGGACAAAGGACGAGUGUUUUACAGUAACACAGAGCAGGCCAGUGUCUACCUGACCCGCUCCAGUCCUGUAUCCCUCUACCAAUCCAUCCAGUACAGCUCCAGAACCAUCUACCUCUGCUGGCACUACCUGACCGACGCUGUCAGAGAGGGAAGAAAUCAGUAUGAAAAGGCUUUUGGAGUCACCUCGAACGACCUGUUUCAAGCUCUCUACAGGUCUGAUGAGGAGAUGCUGAAGUUUAUGCAGUUAAUGAACUCCAUUUGGAACAUCUGUGGUAAAGAUGUGGUCACGGCCUUCGACCUUUCGCCUUUCAAGAUAAUUUGUGACCUUGGUGGCUGCAGUGGGGCAUUAGCCAAGCAGUGCACGUCAGCCUACCCAGAAUGCAGAGUUACAAUCUUUGACCUCCCCAAGGUGGUGCAUAUGUCAAGGAAACACUUUGUCACGGAGGCCGACCAGAGGAUUAGCUUCCACGAAGGGGACUUCUUCAAAGACCCCCUGCCAAAAGCUGACCUCUAUAUUCUUGCCAGAAUCCUCCACGACUGGACAGAUGAACGCUGCAUAGAGCUACUCAGUAGAGUCUACAAAGCCUGCAAACCAGGAGGCGCUGUGUUUCUGGUGGAGGCGCUGCUCCAUGAGGACGGCUCUGGCCCAGUGACGGUGCAGCUCUACUCCCUGAACAUGCUGGUACAGACGGAGGGCAAAGAGAGGACAGCUGCUCAGUACGCUGCCCUGCUGGCUGCCGUCGGCUUCACCGACAUCCAGCACCGCCUCACUGGGAAGAUCUACGAUGCUGUGCUGGGGCACAAGGAGACAUGAGACCGACAAAUAAGGCUACUCGUGUGCCAGGACUGAAAACUUACACCACCUGGAAGAAAACUGUUCUACUAAUACUAAUAAUACUAAUACUGUACUAUUUUGGAUUUCUUUUUAAAUGUCACCAUAAGUGUCUUUAAAUAAAAAAAAGUUUCUGACACUGUAUGACAAUACCACAUUCUGCAUCUGCUUUUUCAGCAAAUCCGAAUGAAUUAUGAAAUAUGAAUUACAGGUGUGAAACCUGACCUGGGCCACGGUCCGGACCAAACAGCCGAACCUUGGUCUCAGAGGUGGUCUCAGUCUGGAUCAAAAUAAACCACGGCUCCUCUCAUUUCUAGUGUGAAAUAUUUUUUGAAUUAUUCAGACUUUUGGACCAAUUACAGAAAGUUCUGGAAGGCUAUCGUCAGAACCAGAUAAAGGAAAAAUGAGCACAGUGUUCAGUUGUUUCUUUAAAUGAACACCCUGUUUAAAGCUAUAGUGCAUAUUUUCUGCCGCCCCCAUGAGGAAUUCUAAGUAAUGACAACAAAACUGCCAGCGCGUCCACACAAUACAAGCCUUCCGUGACCGCGCACCCCCUACCCCCCAUUUUGUAACCAAGGCAAGUCUAAAUCCAGACAAUCAAGUAAGAGACAAAUCCCUGUGCAGUCAGAUUCUGCUCUAAAUUAUUAGCCACACACUGCAAAUGUCAACCUAUAUUAGAUGGUGUGCAGUGUGAUCUUCCAGUCUCAUCGCUAAGAAGAUGAACUUUCUUACAUAUCUGUUCUCAUCACUCAAUCCUAAGCCCUGUGUCUGAACCCCUCGCCUCUGUCUGUUCUUAACAGCCUUGUAAAGCUGUCUUUGUACCAGGCUCUUCGUAAUGAUGGACGUGACUCAGUAAAUCUUCUUCACAAUG